AUGUCUGAUCAAGUUGCUGAAGCGGUUGGUAAACUUCACUUAGAUGAAGUCACCGGUGAACAAGUUUCCAAAUCUGAAUUGAAAAAAAGACAAAAACAACGUCAAAAAGAAGCUGAAAAAGCUGAAAAAGCUGCAAAAGCUCCACCAAAACCUGUUUCUCAAAAAAAAAAAGUUGAUUCAGAUUUAACUCCAAAUCAAUUCCAUGAAAUUAGAUCAAGACAAAUUGAUGAAUUAAGAAAAUCUCAAAAUCCAAAUCCUUAUCCUCAUAAAUUUGAAGUUUCUCAUCCUUUGAAAAAAAUUUUAGAAUUAUAUAAAGAUUUAAAAAGAGGUGAAACCCUAAGAGAUGUUGAAGUUUCAGUUGCUGGUAGAGUUCAUGCUAAAAGAGAAUCUGGUUCAAAAUUAAAAUUUUAUGUCUUAAGAUCUGAUGGUGUUCAAAUUCAAAUUAUGGCUCAAGCUCAAGAUUCAAUUGAAAAUUUUGAAGAAUCUCAUGAAUUAUUGAAAAGAGGUGAUAUUAUUGGUGUUGUUGGUUAUCCUGGUAGAACUGAACCUAAAAAAGGUGGUGAAGGUGAAUUAUCAAUUUUCGCUAAAAGAGUUCAAUUAUUAACUCCAUGUUUACAUAUGUUACCAACUGAUCAUUUUGGGUUUAAAGAUCAAGAAGCAAGAUAUAGAAAACGUUAUUUAGAUUUAAUUGUUAAUAAUUCUACAAGAGAUCGUUUCAUUACAAGAUCUAAGAUUAUUAGUUAUAUUAGAUCAUUCUUAGAUAAUAGAGAUUUUAUUGAAGUUGAAACUCCAAUGAUGAAUGUUAUUGCCGGGGGUGCUACUGCUAAACCUUUCAUUACUCAUCAUAAUGAAUUAAAUAUGGAUAUGUAUAUGCGUAUUGCACCAGAAUUAUUCUUGAAAGAAUUAGUUGUUGGUGGUAUGGAUCGUGUUUAUGAAAUUGGUCGUCAAUUUAGAAAUGAAGGUAUUGAUAUGACACAUAAUCCUGAAUUUACAACAUGUGAAUUUUAUCAAGCUUAUGCAGAUGUUUAUGAUUUAAUGGAUAUGACUGAAGUUUUAUUUAGUGAAAUGGUUAAAACUGUUACUGGUGAUUACAAGAUUAAAUAUCAUCCAGAAGGUCCAGAAGGUAAAGAAUUAACUUUAGAUUUUUCAAGACCAUGGAAACGUGUUAAUAUGAUUGAAGAAUUAGAAAAAUUAUUUGAUGUUAAAUUCCCAGCUGGUGAUCAAUUACAUACCAAAGAAACUGGUGAAUUCUUAAAAUCAAUCUUAAUUAAACAUAAAUUAGAUUGUCCACCACCAUUAACAAAUGCUCGUAUGUUAGAUAAGUUAGUUGGUGAAUUAGAAGAUCAAUGUAUUAAUCCAACAUUUAUCUAUGGUCAUCCACAAAUGAUGUCACCAUUAGCUAAAUCAAGUCGUGAUAUGCCAGGUUUAUGUGAACGUUUUGAAGUUUUCGUUGCAACUAAAGAAAUUUGUAAUGCUUAUACAGAAUUAAAUGAUCCAUUUGAUCAAAGAGAAAGAUUUGAAGAACAAGCUAGACAAAAAGAUCAAGGUGAUGAUGAAGCUCAAUUAGUUGAUGAAACAUUCUGUAAUGCUUUAGAAUAUGGUUUACCACCAACUGGUGGUUGGGGUUGUGGUAUUGAUAGAUUAGCUAUGUUUUUAACUGAUUCAAAUACUAUUAGAGAAGUUUUAUUAUUCCCAACUUUAAAACCUGAUGAUUCAGUUGUUCCAUCAAAAACAGUUGCUUAG